GCUUCUCUGCUGGACUUAAGACAGCCACUUCCUGUUACAGGCUUGAUGUUCCGCACAGUCCGUUUGUAGCUUGAAGGGCUCUGCUGGGCCGGUGCGAAUACAAACCAGAAUAGUAACGAGACAGCGAUAGCACAGAAAGGUACUUUCUGCUCUCGCAGAUCGUGCAAAGCCCCGUGUGGAUCCGAGGCGGGGCGGAAAAGCGACACCGAGCGUCAGGGGCUGUCGGAGUCAGCAGCUCUGCACAGGGCGGCGGAGAGAAGGAGGAGGGGACAGAGGUAUAAACAGAAAGGAGCAUUGAAUUUGCGGAAGUCGGGGAGCGGGUGGGGUUUCUGAAGGAACCCGAGCCGAGAAAGGGCUCUGUUCUCCAGCAGGAAGCUUUCAAUGUGCGACUACAGGGCCUCCUUUGACUAGAGCAAGAAGGGGAGUAUUGAUGUCGCCGCGCAGUCUGUCGGAGUGCCACCCCUUACCCCUGUGUCAUUAGAAGGGUAUCGGUGUCAGCGAUGCUGAAGAAACGUUUGAAAUCGCCGGUUUAGUAUAAAGGAAGGACGGGUUUCUAACAAAAAGGUGAUUUUGUGCGUUCGCACUGACAAAAUAAAUUAUCAUUUUUCAGUCCGUACAAGAGGAUAGCAACAGACAUUAAUCGGCAAGUACCCCUGUUUCUCCUCCCGAUCAGAGGAAUAAUAAUGAGUAACGGGCAGGAGAUGUCUCCGGAUUUUGUCUUGAUGCGCCUGGUGUCCGCCGCCGAGGAUGACCGCUUGGACGAGGAGAACGGUAAUUUAUCGUCAGCCAGCAGUGUCGUGGCCGGGUUCGGGACUCCGGUCUUGGGUCACCACCACAGCAGCGGCAUGAAGAGCGGGUUUGAAUUCGAGCUGGGCAGCACGGCCGGCCGGCCGCGGCCGAGCAGCCCUUCCCAGCAGCUCAGGCUGCCGCCGGGCGGCGGGACAGCAGCACCUGCGGACGGUGUGAUGCUAACUCGACCACCGCAGCCUCUGCCGCCUCCUGCAGCCGACUCAGCCUUGGCCCAGCGCUUCGAUUUCGCUCACAGGGCCAGGGGCUCACGGCCGCAGCUCAUGGUGUUUCGGAACCUGCUGCGGGCUGGAGACGGUACCAGGGAAAGCGGACCGGAGCACACGGCUCUGCAGGUGAGCGACGCGGAGAGAGAGGCGUCUUCUUGCUCCGUUUCCACUGCGAGUGUCGGCAACAAUAACAACUCGCUCUGCGGUGGAGAUGCGCCACAGCAGCUUCAUCUGUCUCAGAAGCCGAGAUGGAGUUUGCACUCCCGGGUGAAGCCGGCGAGGCCGGCUGCCGAUACAGGUAACCUCCACCGAGAGGGGCCCGAGCUGUGUCACCGGCACCGCCUGGUUUCCGAUACCCAGGGCUGGCUGCCCUUGCCCGGGGUUUUACUGGACGGAAAAUCAGUCCACCACCCUCACGAUUUCCUGGACUCUAGGUGGGCCUCGACGCUCGGUGGAACAGAGCUGCCUUCGCUAGGAGACCCCGUAAUUGAUCUGGCGAGGAAAUUUGGGGAGCUGGGGGUCGACAAGACCUCGAAAAUGCUGUUCAAGGAUGGAGAGCUGCCGCACUGCCCCUGCCAGGGUGUGCUGGGCCCGGCCAGCGCGGGCAUGGGGCCUGGGGAGGACCCCACGGAGACCAGCGACGCGCUGCUGGUGCUGGAGGGGCUGGGGUCCGAGGAGGUGGACGGGCUGGACCUGCACAGCUGCCUGGAGGAGGAGUUUGCCGACGGCUCGGCUCAGACUCUCGGAGUCGGUGGGAAAGGGCUGCCGGGCGGCCUGUCCAGCAGGGCCCUGACGGGGCUGAUGCGGCAGGCGGAGAGGGCGGCCGCAGAGCCCUGCUGCCCGCUCGACAGCGACCCCGUCUCGGGAGCGUCGACGCCCGUGGGCUCGUCACCCUGCGGCUCCACUCUGGAUUUGCCCGCCCCAGGCCUGGCCAUGGCCGGCAAGGUCCGGGUGGGCAGGUGUGCCAGCUCACCGCUGGCCCAGGCCACAGGGGGCGUGGAGCCCGGCAGAGUCCUCAGGGUUCCUGGGAAGUCACGGAAGGGCUCCCUGAAAAUCCGCCUUGGCAAGCUGUUCAGAACUAAGAGUUGCAACGGCUCCAGUGACCCGCUGGAUAAGCGGCACUCCGUGGACCUGGCCGCCUCGGCCGGCAGCCUGAGUGACACCUCCACCUCCAGCGGCGGGGAGCAGGACGCGUGCAGGAAGCCGUGUCUGACCAGGACUCAAAGUGCCUUCUCUUCUGUCUCCUUCAGCCCUGUCUUCACAGGCGAGACUGUGUCGCUUGUGGAUGUGGAUAUCUCUCGAAGGGGAGCGAACUCUCUGCACCCUCCCACCCCACCUCCCCCACCUCGUCGGAGCCUGAGCCUGUUAGAUGAUAUAAGUGGGCCGCAGCCAGGGCCUUUCCUAUUGAAUGUUGUUGGGGCUUCCCUGCAGUCCCUCCCUCUGCCUCCUCCUCCUCCCCAUGUCACCAUCCAGCAUAGCCUCAGCCUGAAUGACACCUUCCUGCGCGCGCUCCCUCGCUCCUCGCCCUCACAGCCUGAUGCCCCCCCUCCGCCAGCAGCGGCCCCCACCUCCCAGUCCCUGCUGUGUCCCCUGAGCCGCCCGGACGCCAGCAGCUUCGCCGCCAGCCUGAGGGAGCUGGAGAAGUGUGGCUGGUACUGGGGGCCCAUGAACUGGGAGGACGCGGAGAUGAAGCUGAAGGGGAAGCAGGACGGGUCGUUCCUGGUGCGCGACAGCUCUGACCCGCGCUACAUCCUGAGCCUGAGCUUCCGCUCCCAGAGCAUCACACACCACACGCGCAUGGAGCACUACCGAGGGACCUUCAGUCUGUGGUGUCACCCGAAGUUCGAGGACCGCUGUCACUCGGUGGUGGAGUUCAUCGAGCGUGCCAUCAUGCACUCGAAGAACGGCAAGUUCCUCUACUUCCUGCGCUCCCGAGUGCCUGGGCUGCCUCCGACUCCAGUGCAGCUGCUGUAUCCCGUCUCUCGGUUCAGUAACGUGAAGUCUCUGCAGCACCUCUGUCGGUUUCGCAUUCGACAGCUCGUCCGAAUCGACCACAUCCAGGAGCUGCCCCUGCCCAAACCCCUGAUCACAUACCUGCGGAAGUUCUACUACUAUGACCCUGAGGAGGAGAUGUACCUGUCACUCAAGGAAGCGCGCAGCAGCCUGAGGGCAGAGCAGGAGGCAGAGUCUCAGACGUAGCUGCUGGAACCAUGUUGGCUCAAAUAAACCGGCAGGAGAGAGGAGACUGUUGUGUCCGACUGUGCCAGGAAGUCCGAGAGCGAACCACAUGCCUCCAGAAACACAUCCUGGCCCUGAAUCGUGUCUGCCCGCGUCCUUCUCUCCCAACCCCAGAGGGGGGUUCCUCCGCUGGAGCACCAGUGGUCUGGGCAGGCUUCCCACAGCGUUGCUGCUCGGUGAUGGAGAGGCUGAGGUUUCAACAGAAAGACCUUGCUGCCUCCAGCUGGGGCUGUGAGCUGGCUGUGUGUCUGCACUGCGACCGAAACAGACGCGUGUUGGGCAUUUAUGACGGUCAGCCUGCUGACUGGGACUCAGGCCAUUUCGGAUGUUCUUUCUUGUUUCCUCACACGUUUGCAGAGGGGGACCCAGGGAGGAUCCCAGCCCCUGGAGCAGGGCGCUCUGGUGCUCACUGCUGUGGAGCCAUGCUGACACUUUUUGCUAACAAGCCCUCCAGUGGCAGACUGUCCUUGUAGUGGUCUCUCACUCUGAAGGCAGAUUUCUUUAGCCAUUUUCAGUCGCUCCCCUCUUUUAAUUCAGGUCAGGAGGGCGCAGAUGCACUUGUUUUGUGAGCACACUGUCGCUGGCUUUUAUUCACAUAAUGUUCGGCUCUAGUUCUAAAAUUAGUGACAGGUCUGUGUGCUGCCAGUGUGCAAUUUUACCGUUCUGUUUCCUGUCUCUUCCAGAUCUCGGGCUGUGCUGUAGAGUGUGACCGAGGCUGGGCUGUGAUCUGACAGCAGGGGGCAGCACCAGCCCUGACUGAUGGGGAUGUGUCUCCCACUGCAGCCCAACACUGCCCCCUGCUGCCGGUCAGCACUGCUGCUGUGGUGAUGGACACCCCCCCUCUUCCCCGGACUGUGGGAGUGGGGGGGUUCACUGGUGGGAGACUCCUCUCUCUUACCAGUGCAGGGGGCACUGCCACCAGACUGGAGUAUUACUGAACUGGAGUGCUGUGACUGGCAAAUGCACACUGGAUCCUGAUUUGGACACUGGAAUUAAAAAAUAAAAAAAGAACUGAGUUGAAAACAAACCCCAGGACUGCUGUGGAUUUUGAAAUGAUUCAGAGCUCUAGACACCCUGCACUUCUUUCUCUCCUCAGUGUGUCCCAGGAGCAGAGGAGAGACAUGGUGAGGUCAGCGUUUCCUCUCUGCACUCAGCCUGUCUGAGCUCACUCCUGUCUCUCGGGUGAAUACAGCUCUCGUCAUCCGACUGGUUAUGGCAGCUUGCAACACUGACACACUCCCCCUGGGACACUACCUGGCCUGCCUGCCACAGCUGGGCUCUCAGAGAGGACACUGUGAGCUCGUCUGGUAUGAACAUGAAUUCCUGAGUAGGACCCUGCUUCUUUUGGGGGUUAAAAGAGUCCGAUGUGAAGCUCAAUCUCACCUCAGUGCUGAAAGCCUGACGUCUCUUGCUAACGUUUGUUAGCUCUGUGUGAGAGGAGCUGUUUCAGAAGUGCUUCUACUGUACCCACUGUCUUAUGGCCUGACUGUAUAAAAUGCAAAGGACUUCUCCUGCUGUACUAGGAGGGGGGUAUGGAGCUGUGUAAGUGUCUGCUGUCUAGAAGAUUUAUUUUCUUAUUUAUUUCUUGUUCUGUUUUGUGGUGACUGAUCUGUAAAUAGUUGUUCUAAAGAAACCAAAAAGGAAGAAAAAAAGUGAAAGAUGGGGACCUCAGUUCAGCGAUGGGAGGUGGCGUGGCGGCAGUGCGUGUGAAGAGCAUCGUGGGUGAGACAGGAAGCUGUCAGCAUCUCUGCACCGCCCAGCAGCUCACCUGUCACUGGGGACAUCUCUCCGAUAGCCUAAAGUAGGCUAAAAACUACUUUUUCCUUUUUUGAUAAAUACAUUCAAAAUCACAGACUUGGCUGUGCGACAAUGCACGUGUUUUAUUUCCAAAUAAAACAGGUUUGUUAGUCCGUUUUAAAGGACUUUG